ACUAUUGAUGCUUACAGUGUGAAAAUUACUAAGACAUGGAACAGCUAAACUUUAGUUGUCUCGACUCUCCGGUUGACAAUUUUUCUUCUUUCUUGACUUAAAACUCUGGGCUUCCAUUUAUUUCAUCGGCUGCGGUGUCCCUGGCUGGCUACGGUGUUUUUGUCUCCGUAUCGGUUUCUUCGUUUGGAUUCGUCCUUUCAAUUAUCAAUAUUAAUUUGUAUUUAUUUAUUAUGAAACAAUGAGAAUUUUCCAGUUCGUACUCUCCUCUGUCUCCACACAAAUGAUCACUGACGUGUUCCAUUUUCGCACUCACAAACCCAUCCUCUGACCCACGCCACUCUUUCAAAGUCAUUUCUGGAAUUCCAGUUACACUAAUAAACAAACAGGCAACCUUCUUGAACUCAAAAUAACAACUCCGCAAAGAUAAACGGUUGACGGAGGAAGUCUCGACGGAGCCGUUAGUACCAGCAAUGAAGCCGGACCUAAAGCCUUCACCCGCCGCCAUGGGGUCGGCGGAUGCUUCGGUAGAAGAUGUUGGCGGAGAAGCCGCGGCGUUGGAUGUGGGAUUAUCGGAGCUGGACAAGGACAUGGUGUGUCCGAUUUGCAUGCAGAUCAUUAAAGACGCCUUUCUAACUGCAUGUGGCCACAGCUUCUGUUGCAUGUGUAUCAUCACUCACCUCCGCAACAAGAGUGAUUGCCCUUGCUGUGGUCAUCACCUCACCAGCAAUCAACUUUACCCUAAUUUCUUGCUCGAUAAGCUAUUGAAGAAGAGUUCUGCUUGUCAAAUAUCCAAAACCGCAACACCUUUGAAACAUUUACGUCAGGAAUACAACAGACAGGAUUGUGAAGUGUCUAUGAAGGAGAUUGACAACCUUAUGUCACUCCUUGGAGAGAAGAAGAGAAAUAUGGAACAAGAAGAAGCAGAAAGAAAUAUGCAAAUACUUCUGGACUUCUUGCAUUGCUUAUGGAAACAAAGGGUUGAUGAACUCUAUGAGGUACAAACUGAUCUCCAUUAUAUUAAAGAGGAUAUAAAUGCUGUAGAGCGACAUAGGAUAGAGUUUCAUUGUGCAAGAGACAAGUACUCUGUAAAACUGCAGAUGCUUGGAGAUGAUUCUACUGCUGGCAAACCAUGGUUUUCAUCAAUAGACAAGAACAGCAGUGGCCUUAGCUCCAGUUCUCUACACAUGAGAGGAGGGACACCUGCAGAAAAUCAUCAGCAGAAGAAAGUGGAUGGAAAGGCUCAAGUAAGCUCUCAUGGACUCCAGAGAAAGGAUUUUCUGUCUGGGUCGAACUCACAAUGUUUUAACCAGUCUGGUCAAUCCAUUGUAAGAAAAAAACAGGUCCAUGCACAGUUCAACGACCUGCGAGAGUGUUAUCUGCAAAAGCGGCAACAAUUUGCCAACCAACCACAUACUAAACAAGAAAGCGACAAAAAUUUCAUACACAGAGAGGGGUAUACUGCUGGUCUUGCAGAUUUUCAAUCUGUACUAACUGCUUUUACUCGUUACAGUCGGCUGAGGGUGAUUGCGCAGCUUCAGCAUGCAGAUCUAUUUCAUGCAGCCAAUGUAGUGUCAAGCAUAGAAUUUGACCGGGACGAUCAGUUGUUUGCUAGUGCUGGAGUUUCCAGAUGUAUUAAGGUUUUCGACUUCUCUUCUGUUGUGAAUGACCCUACUGAGGUACAUUGCCCACUCGUGGAGAUGUCAACCCGUUCAAAGCUUAGUUGCUUGAGUUGGGACAAAUUUUCUAAAAAUCAUAUUGCUAGUACUGAUUAUGAGGGAAUAGUUACUGUUUGGGAUGUAACAACACAGCAGAGUGUGAUGGAAUACGAAGAGCAUGAACAACGUGCUUGGAGUGUCGAUUUCUCUCGUACAGAACCCUCAAUGCUUGUAUCUGGUAGUAAUGAUUGCAAGGUCAAAAUUUGGUGCACGAAGCAGGAUUCUAGCGUUCUUAACAUUGACAUGAAAGCAAAAAUCUGUUGCGUCAAGUAUAACCCUGGAUCUGGCAAUUACAUUGCGGUUGGUUCCUCAGACCGUCACAUCCAUUAUUAUGAUUUGAGAGACAUUAGGCAACCACUUCAUGUAUUCGCUGGGCAUGAGGGAUCUGUUUCAUAUGUGAAAUUCUUGUCAGAUAAUGAACUUGCUUCUGCAUCUAUUGACAGCACACUACGGUUGUGGGAUGUGACACAGAAUCAGCCAGUUCGCACAUUCAGAGGCCACAGAAAUCGGAAGAACUUUGUGGGUCUCACGGUUAAUAGCGAAUACAUAGCGUGUGGCAGUGAAACAAACGAAGUAAAUGUUUACCACAAGGAAAUCUCAAAACCUGUGACAUGGCAUAGAUUUGGGUCACCUGAUUUUGAGGAUACCGACGAAAAUGCAGCAUCUUACUUCAUCAGUGCUGUAUGCUGGAAGAGUGAUAGUCCCACCAUGUUAACUGCUAACAGUCGAGGAAUGAUAAAAGUACUAGUACUUGCGGCUUGAUUAACUCAAAAAGAAAAAGAUUAAUUCAACAUAGAGAGUAAAUUAUUAUGUAAAUUUUACCAUUUUGUAUGUAAUAUUAGAAGGGUGAGAAAAACAGGCAACAAAAUUGAAAAGACAGUGAUGAAGAUUAUACAACAUAUGAUUAUACCUCUCUCGUCUAUACCAUUUAGAGAGGUAAAAGGAGUGAUCAUACUCCCAGUCA